AUGGAUCCUAACUCUCUGAUUGAGGCCCUGAGGGGCACCAUGGACCCGAAUUUGCGCGAGGCCGCAGAGAGACAGCUGAAUGAGGGCCAUGCCCAGGUAAACUUCACAUCCACGCUGCUGCAGGUGACCAUGUCUGAACAGCUGGAUUUGCCUGUGCGGCAAGCAGGAGUGAUCUAUAUGAAGAACAUGGUCACGCAGUUCUGGAGCGAAGGCGACAACACAAACAAUGAGGCGCCUGCCGCCAGCAACAUCCCUGAAGAGGACCGCCAGUUCAUCCGAGACAACAUAGUGGAGGCCAUCAUCCACUCCCCAGAGCGCAUCAGAGUGCAGCUCACCACCUGCAUUCACCACAUGAUUAAGCAUGACUACCCCAACAAGUGGACAGCCAUCGUUGACAAGAUCGGUUUCUACCUGCAGUCUGACAACAGUGCCUGCUGGCUGGGCAUUCUACUGUGCCUCUACCAGCUGGUGAAGAAUUAUGAGUACAAGAAACCUGAUGAGCGCCAGCCCCUGAUUGCUGCCAUGCAGAUCUUCAUGCCCAUGCUGAAAGACCGAUUCAUCCAGCUGCUGCCAGACCCCUCCAGUGACUCAGUGCUGGUGCAGAAACAAAUCUUCAAAAUCCUCUAUGCCCUCUUUCAGUAUAAUCUCCCUCUGGAGCUUAUUAACAGGCAGAACCUGACUGAGUGGAUGGAGAUUCUGAAGACAGUAGUGGACAGAGAUGUACCUCCGGAGACCCUGCAAGUGGACGAGGACGAAAGGCCUGAGCUUCCCUGGUGGAAGUGUAAGAAGUGGGCCCUCCACAUCCUGGCCCGGCUCUUUGAGAGAUAUGGCAGCCCUGGCAACACGACCAAAGAGUACACUGAGUUUGCGGAACUUUUCCUCAAGGGUUACGCCGUGGCUGCUCAACAGGUGCUGCUGAAGGUCUUGUAUCAGUAUAAAGAGAUGCAAUACGUGGCACCCAGAGUCCUGCAGCAGACCCUAAACUACAUUAACCAGGGUAUUGCCCAUGCUAUCACCUGGAAAAACCUAAAGCCACACAUCCAGGGCAUCAUUCAGGACGUGGUCUUCCCGCUCAUGUGCUACACCGACAGUGAUGAGGAGCUGUGGCAGGAGGAUCCCUAUGAGUAUAUCCGCAUGAAAUUUGAUGUGUUUGAGGACUUCAUCUCUCCAACCACAGCCGCUCAGACUCUGCUCUACACCGCCUGCAACAAAAGGAAAGAAGUGUUGCAAAAGACCAUGGGCUUCUGCUAUCAGAUCCUCACUGAACCCACCUCUGACCCCCGCAAGAAGGAUGGUGCACUUCACAUGAUUGGGUCCCUGGCUGAGAUUUUGCUCAAGAAAAAGAUCUAUAAAGACCAGAUGGAGUUUAUGCUGCAGACCCACGUCUUCCCCCUCUUCCGCAGUGAGCUCGGUUACAUGAGGGCAAGGGCCUGUUGGGUCCUGCACUACUUCUGUGAGGUGAAGUUUAAGAGUGACCAGAACCUGCAAACAGCUCUGGAGCUGACUCGUCUCUGCCUCAUCAACGACAAUGAGAUGCCCGUCAAAGUGGAGGCGGCCAUUGCCCUGCAGGUCCUCAUCAGCAAUCAAGAGAAAGCCAAAGAGUACAUCACCCCCUUCAUCCGGCCAGUGAUGCAGGCUCUCCUCCACAUUGUGCGCGAGACAGAGAACGAUGACCUCACCAACGUGAUCCAGAAGAUGAUCUGCGAAUACAGUGAGGAAGUGACCCCCAUUGCUGUGGAGAUGACCCAGCAUCUGGCUAUGACCUUCAACCAGGUGAUCCAGACUGGCCCUGACGAGGAAGGAGGCGAUGACAAGGCAGUAACAGCCAUGGGCAUCCUCAACACCAUUGACACACUCCUCAGUGUGGUGGAGGACCAUAAAGAGAUCACACAACAGUUGGAGGGGAUUUGCCUGCAGGUGAUCGGCACAGUGCUGCAGCAGCACGUCCUAGAGUUCUACGAAGAGAUCCUGUCCUUGGCCCACAGUCUGACGUGUCAACAGGUGUCCCCUCAGAUGUGGCAGCUCCUCCCUCUGGUCUAUGAAGUCUUCCAACAGGAUGGUUUUGAUUACUUCACAGACAUGAUGCCACUCCUCCACAACUACAUUACAGUCGACACAGACACUCUUCUGUCUGACACCAAGUACCUUGAAAUCAUCUACAGCAUGUGCAAAAAGGUUUUGACAGGUGACCCAGGUGAGGACCCAGAGUGUCAUGCUGCCAAGCUGUUGGAAGUAAUCAUUCUCCAGUGCAAAGGACGCGGCAUUGACCAGGUGGUGCCCUUGUUUGUAACCACAGCGCUGGAGCGUUUGACGCGGGAGGUGAAGACCAGCGAGCUGAGGACCAUGUGUCUGCAGGUGGCCAUUGCUGCCCUGUACUACAGCCCUCCUCUGCUGCUCAACACUUUGGAGAACCUGCGCUUCCCCAACAACACCGAACCAAUCACCAACCACUUUAUCUCCCAGUGGCUCAAAGACAUCGACUGCUUCCUCGGGCUCCAUGACAGGAAGAUGUGUGUGUUAGGGCUCUGUGCUUUAAUGGAUCUAGAGCAAAGGCCACAGGCCAUCAAUCAAGUCGCUGGUCAGCUCCUCCCCGCUGCCAUCCUUCUGUUUAAUGGCCUGAAGAGGGCCUACGCCUGUAGGGCUGAGCAUGAGAACGAAGAUGAUGACGAUGAUGAAGAUGCAGAAGAGGAGGAUGAUAAUGCUGAGCUUGGAAGUGAUGAGGAUGACAUUGAUGAGGAAGGCCAAGAAUACCUUGAAAUGUUAGCCAAGCAGGCAGGAGAGGAUGGCGAUGAUGAGGACUGGGAGGAAGACGAUGCUGAAGAGACUGCUCUCGAGGGCUACACCACCGCAGUUGAUGAUGAGGACAACCCUGUUGAUGAGUACCAGAUCUUUAAAGCCAUAUUACAAAAUAUCCAGUCCCGUGAUCCCACAUGGUACCAGGCACUCACCCAGACUUUGGAUGAAGAGCAGGGCAAACAGCUUCAGGACAUUGGCACGCUUGCAGAUCAGAGACGAGCAGCACAUGAAUCAAAGAUGAUUGAGAAGCAUGGGGGAUACAAGUUCACAGCUCCAGUGGUGCCAAGCAGUUUCAACUUUGGAGGCAACGCCCCUGGAAUGAAUUGAGUCCUUUCUCUCCCCCACUCCCCUUUCUUACUCUGUGACUGAUUGUAGUGAAGUGAAAAAGCUUGUGUUGUUCCCUCAAGUAGUGGUUCCAGAACUGGUUCUUCUCACUCACUCUUCAAUCUGACUAUCAAACUGGACAGCACCAGUACACGUGGGAAGACAACCAAAUGCAACCAAUGGCUGGGAAAACGAACCAAGGACUUUGCAAGUGAAAAAAAAGAAGCUUUGAACAAUGUUGUCUUAUGGAAUCCAAAAACAAGAGGGAUACCAUGAUGGCAGCUCUUUUUUUUCCCUCCCACUCGCAUUCAUUGGGGGCUAUAAAUAAUCGAAAUUGAUAAUGGGACAGAAUCUCAAAUCAUUUUCACUGUUCUGGCCAAAGGGCCUCUAAGAUUAUUACCUCUGGCGGUAGUGUGUCAACCUUUUUUCUGCAUAAACAAAACAAAUUCUCAUGAUAUUGUACAUACUAGCCAAGGCUCUUGAUUUUUAAGUAGCCUGGCCAAACAUCCAGAGGCAUUUGUAAGGUGUCAAACGUGUAUUCAAAUGUAGCAUAUUGGAUACUUGUCAUAGCACUAUGUGAUGCCUGAAAUCUGUAAAUUAAUGACUAGCACUUUCAUAUUGUUCAGGUCUCUUAGCCUUCUGUAUCAGACUGCAAAUUUUUUUAAAACUCAAUUGAAGCUAUUUAAAAAGAGUAACUGUAACUUUGUUACUUGGCAGGCAACUUGUCCCAUAAUGUCUGGUUGUCAGAUGAUUUGCUUACGGUAAAGUAAGUGGCAAUCCUUUGCUGCUUGUAAUGGGAAUAUUUAAGGUUCCAAAAAAAAAAAAUGCUCUUAGUGCUCAGUCUGGACACAGGACAGUGUGUUGCCAGCACUGAAGGUUGUUCAAAUAGUUCAUUGGAGCAUGUACAAUUGGGCUGGAUUGUGAAGGUCAAGCAUUUGGUUGAUGUAAGGAUGAACCAUCUAUAUAUGACAUUAAAGAAAAAUAACUUCA